UUUCCCGCCCAGCUGCACGUGUAAAUUUUUGUGCAGCUCACGAAAUUGUGCGUAAAUAAACGAAUAAUUGGACAUUUCCAGCGAGCACCAUGAGUUCAGACGAGUCCAGCGAUGGUCUCGAGGACCUCAAGGACCUGAUGGCCCUGUACGGCAAGCAGGAACAGGAGAAACCGAAGGAGAAUCGGAGGGAACGCUUCGUGCCGAAGGCUUCGCAGGCCAAGGAACUCAACUACGUGGAGGUGCCCAUGGAGAAGGUGAUCUUCGGUGACCGCCAACGCUUCCUCACCAAUCUGGCCAAGUCCGUGGGCCAGAAGUGGCAGCCAAGCGACGACGACGACGAGAAGGAGGAAGCAACUCCUGGCAAGCAGAAGACAGGGGACAAGAGGAAAGCCGCCUGGUCUGAUUCCGAUGACGAGGAAAUCCAAGUGGGCGAUGUCAAAAAAGCCACCAAGCACACGGGACCACUGAACCACCUUCGUAAGGACAAGUCCUACAAGGAGUACCUUACGGCGCGGUUCCAUCGCACUCUUAACCAACCCAAGUGGGCGGAAAAGAAGGUCAAGGACGACGGAGAGGAGGACGGCUCCUCCGAUGAGGAACUUCUUAAGACCGUGGGCUUCAUCGACCGCAGGGCUCGGAGCAGUGAUCUGCCCCAGAAAACGCUGAACUUCAAGCGGGUCAAGGACCUGAACAGAGCCACCUAUUCCGAAGGUAUUGUCACCAGUGUUCAGUUUCAUCCGACGAGCACAGCUGCUCUGGUGGCCGGCGAGAACUCCAUAGCCACCAUAUACACGGUGGACGGGCAGAAGAACGAGAAGUUGCACAGCAUGCGCUUCAAGAAGUUCCCGCUAUUCUGCUCCCGGAUUGCUCCCUGCGGCACGAAGGCAUUCUUUGGUUCGGUGAGGGGAUUCUACUACGCCUACGACCUGCUGGAGGCCAAGGAAACCAAGCUGACGGUGCCGGGCGAUUUGAAGACCAUGCACCGCUUUGAGGUAUCUCCCUGUGGCAAAUUCAUCGCCACUGCCGGCAAGUUUGGAACCAUCCAUCUGCUAACGGCCAACACAAAUGAACUGCUGCACAGCUUCAAACAGGAGGGCCAUGUGACUGGAAUCUGCUGGUCCGGUGACUCCAAAAGGGUCCUCGUCUGCGGCGCCAGCUCAAAUGUUACUGUGCUGAGCCUGCGUCAGAGACUCAUCGAACACACCUUUAUGGACGACGGCUGCAUCAAUGGAGCGCGCAUCGCACUGUCACCCAAUCAACGGCUUCUGGCCACCGGUACCCAAGAGGGCGUGGUCAACGUAUACGACUACGAGACUGUGUUCGCCUCCAAGAUUCCGCAGCCCGAGAAACGCUUCAUGAAUCUGAGAACCGGCAUCUCGGAUCUGCAGUUCAAUCACUCAUCGGAGCUACUGGCGAUGAGCUCCUGUGCGGCUCCAAAUGCCAUGAAGCUGGCCCACUUCCCCAGCGCCACCGUGUUCUCCAACUUCCCGGGACAGAACGAAAACGUGGGCUAUGUCAGCUCGAUGGCCUUUUCGCCGCACAGCAGUUUCCUGGCCUUCGCCACCAAAGGCAAACGGGUGCCACUCUUUAGGCUUAAGUACUUCAAGAGUUAUUAAUUGAAAGUGGAACGACUUAUAUAAAAUAAAUAUAUUCUUAUAAUGUGA